CUGAUCGAUUGAUACAGAAAGGAGGUCGUCAACUCAGACGACCCCGACGUCGAUGUUGAGAAUCAUAGUUGCCGUGGGCAAUGCCUUGCAAAGUGCCGUUUGCCUGCCCUCAAUGUCUGCAUCGGACCGCCAUGUUCCGAAGAGCUCUCACCGGCAUAUGGUCUCCCAUUAUUUCUCUCUGUCUUCGACGCCCACUGAUAACGAAGCGCAAACUGAAUAUACGGACAUUCACAAUGAACCAGUUUCCUCCUCCAUCCAAUGCAAAGCUGGAGACGUACUCUGUCAAAGGAAUCAAGGUCAUUGAACGAUUCUUUGAUCUCCCACUCGACUAUUCCGAUCCAGACGGAGAGAAAAUACGCGUCUUUGCGCGAAAUCUAAUACCCAAGAGCAAGGCCAAGACCGCUAAAGAUGAAGAAGAACUGCCUUAUCUCGUGUAUUUGCAAGGUGGCCCCGGAUAUGAGAUUCCGUUUCCCAAUAUCAGCGGAUAUGCAGCAGAAAUUCAUGAGCAGGGAUACCAAACGCUCUGGAUGGACCCUCGAGGGACAGGCCUGAGUACCCACAUCUCCCCUGAAAGCCUCCCUGCCCACUUGACAACUGAUCAAACCAUUGCCGACUACCUCAAGUUCUUCCGUGCGGAUAGUAUAGUAAAAGAUUGUGAAGCCAUCCGAGAGAUUCUCCUAGGACACAAACCGAGUCCAGAGGACCGCAAGUGGACAAUACUGGGUCAGAGCUUUGGAGGCUUCUGUGCUAUAACGUAUCUCUCCUUCCACAGCGAAGGCUUAAAGGAAGUAUUCACGACUGGCGGGCUCGCCCCGUUGGUGGAUCAGCCCGACUCAGUAUACGCGGCUACUGUUCUCAGGGUCAUGAAGAGAAACAAGACUUAUUACGACAAAUAUCCACAAGACAUCCAGCGGGUUCGUAAUAUCAUGUCAUAUCUCGAAACGAAUGAGGUUUCAGUAUCGAAUGGAGGUCGGCUUAGCCCCAAUCGCUUUCAACACCUUGGCAUGGACUUCGGUAUGCACGGGGGGAUUGACAGGGUUCACCAACUUGUCUUUCGAGCCGCCAAUGAUCUCGACACAUUUGGUCAUUUAACAUACAAGACUAUUCAGCUCGUUGAGCAAGCUCAGUCAUUCGACGGCAAUCCCAUUUUCUCAAUAUUGCAUGAAGCCAUAUACUGUCAAGGGCAUGCAUCGAAAUGGGCAGCGACGCGAACAUUACAAGAUUAUCCUCAAUUCUGUUGGUCUUCCGUCAAGCAUUUGGCCGACUCGGAGCCAAUCUAUUUCACCGGUGAAAUGAUAUUUCCAAGCAUGUUCGACGACUACGCGAAUCUUCGACCACUCAAAGGCGCGGCCGAAAUAAUUGCACAAUACGAUGGAUGGGGUCAGUUAUUCGAUCUCCAACAGCUGUCCAAGAAUGAAGUCAAGGUGUCUUCGGUGUCAUACUUCGAUGAUAUGUAUGUCGAUUUCGAUCUGGCACAAGACACGGCUGCGAAAAUCAAAAACACGGAGCAAUACGUUACGAACCAGCUGGUCCAUAGUGGUCUCCGCGCUGAUCCGAAGGAUGUCAUGAAACAUUUGUUCCAGUUGUCGAAGAGGGAGUAUGAUUGAGGGUACUGCAAGGAUUCCAUCAGCACCCAUUCGAUGACCCUGAACUGUGUAAC